AUGGAGGAAGUUACAAUAGACAAUGGAAUGAUAAUUGAAGAAGAAGCUAUUGAAGGACUUCACUUGUUUGGAGAUAAAAAAGAAAUGACACUAUUUAAACAUUUAAAUAGAACACAUACAAAGAUAGGAGAAAAGAUGAUAAAAGAAUGGAUUAGACAACCAUUAAUAGAUAAGGAUAAGAUAAAUAAACGACUAGAAUUAGUAGAAGGGUUUUAUGAGAACUCAGAGAUUCGAUUAAAAAUCAAAAAUGAAGAAUUAGCAAUAAUGCCAGAUUUAGAGAAGUUAAUAAAAGGGAUAAAUAAAAGUGAUUUAGAAAGUAUUGUCAAAUUAUAUGAAGCAGUAAGAAUUAGUAAAAGUAUCAAAGAAGAAUUAAAAGAAAUGAAUAACAAAGAAAUAGAAAAAGAAAUAAUAGAACCAUUAGAAAGAAUUUCAGAAGAAAUGGAAAAAUUUGAAGAAAUGGUAGUAACACUUAUUGACAUUGAAGAAACAAAAAAUCAUGUAUUUAAAAUAAGAGAAGACUUUGAUGAAGGACUUCAAAAAAUAAGAGAAAAUCAUAAAAAAGUAGAAGAACUUUUUGAAAAAUGUUUAGAACAAGCAGCAAAUGAUCUUAAUAUUAAAACAGAUAAAAUUAAAAUAAUUGAACAUAAUAAUAAUUUAAUAUUAAGAGUAUCUAAAAGUAAUGAAAAAGAAGUUAAAAAGAAUAAAAAGUAUACUAUUAUUCAAACACUUAAAGGAGAAUGUAAAUUUACAUUUAAAGAAAUGCAAACACUUAAUGUUAAAAGAGAUAAACUUAAUUUAAAAGAAGAAGAAAUUAAUAAAAAAUUUAUAGAAGAAAUUAAUAAAGUAAUUGAAGGAUAUAAAGAAACAUUUAAAGAAUUAGAAAAUAUUAUUGGAUAUAUUGAUUGUAUUCAAUCAUUUGCUACAGUUUCUAAUGAUAAUAAUCAAGGAUAUGCUAAACCAAGAAUAUAUGAAAGUGAAAAAGGAAUUAUUAAAAUUAAAAAAGCAAGACAUCCAUUAAUUGAAAAUAAUAGUAUAAAUACAUUUAUUGAAAAUGAUAUUGAUAUUAAUAGAAAAGAAACAAGAUUUCAAAUUAUUACAGGACCAAAUAUGGGAGGAAAAUCAACAUAUUUAAGAAUGAUUGGAUUAUGUGUUAUUAUGGCACAAAUUGGAAUGUUUAUUCCAUGUUCAGAAGCAGAUAUUUCUAUUUGUGAUAAAAUAAUGUGUAGAAUAGGAGCAGGUGAUAAUAUUGUUGAAGGAAUGAGCACAUUUAUGUCAGAAAUGAAAGACACAUCAGAAAUUAUUAAAAAAUCAACAAAAAAUUCAUUAGUUCUUAUUGAUGAAUUAGGUAGAGGAACAUCAACAUAUGAUGGAUUUGGAAUUGCUUGGGGAAUUUCAGAAUAUUUAGCUAUUGAUAUUGGAUGUUAUUGUGUUUUUGCAACCCAUUUUCAUGAAAUUACAGGAUUAGAAAAAAGAGUAAAUGGUGUUAUAAAUAAACAUGUUGAAGCUGAUAUUAUUGAUAAACAACUUGUAUUAAAAUAUAAAAUUAAGAAUGGAAGUACUGAUCAAAGUUUAGCAAUUUAUGUUGCUGAAUGGGCUGAUUUCCCUCAUGAAGUUGUUGAAUCAGCAAAAAGAAAAGCAAAAGAACUUGAUUUAGAUCAACCUGAUUCUAAAAAGAAAAUUGAAAUCUUUACUAAUAAAAUCCCUCUUUUAAAUGAUGAAAUUCCACAAAUCACUCCUGAUGAUAUUGUUAAAGGAAAGUCUAUUAUCAAUAAUUUUAUUCACGAAUAUAAAUCUACUUCUUCUGAUCAAUUAAUUUCUCUUCAAAAUAAAUAUUAUCAAUUACUUCUUUCAAAUCCUUUUUUAAAACAACUUGAACAAAUUUCACUGAAAUAA